AUGCCGUUGCGUAGAUCAAGCCCUUCAAGAAAGUCUGGAGGAUGGAUGGUGGAUGGGGAAAAGAAUAAGGUGGGAGAUGAGGAUGAACAGCGACAUCAGAAACAGGAUCAAUCACUCAAUCAGAAUGAGAGCGACGAGGAAGAUCACUUAGAAGACGAGGACGAAAGGGAUGAUCCGAAUUACGAAACACCUGAACCUUCGGACGAAGACUUGGAUGAGACUCGAGAUUCCGAUCUGACUAAUGAGGACCACGAUUUAAGGAGAGGUCAGCAAUAUCUAGGAAGAGGAAGCGAAUCCCCUAUCUCCCAUCCAUCCAACAGAUCCGUCAGAGUCUUUCGCAUUGGGCAGCCAGGCGAGCCAAACGAAUUUGUCCGUCCGGAUCUGCUACCUCCUGAUUACACAGGUCCCCCGGUGGUCAACAUGAACAUCACCGACAAACUACAAGAAAUGUUAGAGAUGGACGAGAUUCACGUUGUCACUGCGAUUUUUCUAGUAUGUCGCAUACGAGUAUACGAGAAGCGGUUCCCCGAAGAGGAGGAAAGUGUGGAAUCUGACAGACUACUGUUGGAUAAAGUAGCUUUUGAGCUCCUGAAGGCUUUUAAAGCCGAGGUGGAUAAGGUGGGUCGUAACAUGGACCUUGUGCCAUCUCAAGCGGCAAUUCGGGAAGUCUUAGGGGAGAGCCUGUUGUCAGAUGAGGACUGGAGCCAACUCGAAUUUUAUGCUUCUGCCUACGUCGAUGAGGAGAAUCUGGAUGAAUGGGAAGAUGUUAUGGAUCUGGAGUGGGAGACCAUUGGUAGGACUGAAGAAAAUUUGAGGUUGCUCAAGAAAGGCCGUCUUCCCGAUGUAAACAACCGAAAGUUGAUGGAUACAUUGGUGAGAAAGCUGGCCUUAGAAAUGGAAAGAGAAGACGAGAAUGCCGAGAUUGAUGAGAAUGAGAACCGUUUGGCUGGUGAUACAUAUAUACCUCCUGGAGGGAAGAAGGGUAAGAAGUUGUCGAAGGAUAGGGGGAAGACUAAACAGCCACAGGGUUCUGCAAGCAUAAGAGAGAGGUCUAAAUCAGAGAUUGAGCAAAGAAAGGCUCAUGGUAAAAUUCUGAAGAAGAGGAGAGAGGCGCAAGAGGCAGAUGAUGAGUUGGAACUUUAG